UAUUUGAGUCGAAAAUACUAUUUCAUUUUCUACUUUAUUAUCAAUUAUGUAUAUAAAUUCAUGAACACCACACACAUUUAUCAAUUGCAUCGAUACAACAAGAAACAACUAGAGAAAAACUCAACAGCAUUAUUGCCUUCAAACACGAUGUCCCGAAACAGCAACACAGCCAUUUCAGACAAGCUUCUACUAGCCCAAAUGGUCUCUUUGUUCACUCAACUCAUCAACUUAUCACUUCUUGUCAUCUUCUUCUUUUUACAAUCUUUAUUCAUCAUCCAGAAAAGAGAUCCCAUCUACCAUUUUCUUGCUGCAUCAUGUUUCCUUCUUUUCGUCGUUGCGAAACGCUACGUUUCCACCCCAUCAACCGUAUACUUGGUCGAUUUUUCAUGCUUUAAACCUCCAAACUUCUGCAGGGUACCAUUUUCGACCUACAUCGAACAUGCCCGGAUGCUUGAUUUUCUUGACGAAGAAAGCGUAGCCUUCAUGGCUAAAGUCCUCAAACAUUCAGGCCAAGGCGAGCAGACCUAUAUCCCACCAGCCAUACACUACAUCCCACCAAAAUCAGGCCACCAAGAAGCCCUCAAAGAAGCCCACAUGGUCCUCUUCCCUGUAGUUGAAGACCUUUUAUCCAAAACCAACACUUCGCCACAAGAAAUCGACAUCCUCAUCGUUAACUGCAGCGGCUUCUGCCCUGCCCCCUCGCUUUCUUCCAUUAUAGUCAACAAAUACUCCAUGAGAGAAGAUAUCAGGAGCUUCACAAUCAGUGGAAUGGGGUGCAGCGCGAGUGCACUGGCCAUUGACAUGGCUCAAAACAUAUUCAAAACGCACAAAAACUCCAAUGCGCUGAUCCUCAGCACCGAAAUCCUGUCGACGGGCUGGUACCCUGGAAAAGAGCAGCCCAUGAUGGUUCUCAACUGCCUUUUCCGCAUGGGGGCGGCAGCAAUUCUUGUCACUAACAAAAGAGAAGCGAAGAAAACAGCCAAGUAUAAGCUGCUUUACACUCACAGGAGCCAAAGAGCAUUUGAUGAUAAGGGAUACUACUCAGCCAUCCGGGAGGAGGAUUCUGAUGGAGUCACUGGAGUUACACUCAGGAGGGACUUAUUGCAGGUGGCCGGAGAAACCCUCCGGGCGAACAUUGCAGUACUGGGGUCAAAAUUCUUGCCGUACACAGAAAUGAUACUAUACGCUUUGUCGAUCUUCAAGAAGAAGUACUUGAACAAGUCAACAGAAAUUUACGUGCCGAAUUUUAAGAGGGUGGUGCAGCACUUCUGCCUACCGACAUCGGGCAAGCCGGUGAUUCGGGAGAUAGGGAAGGGAUUGAGGCUGGGGGAGAGGGAGAUGGAGCCAGCACUAAUGACGCUGCACAGGUUUGGAAAUCAGUCGUCCUCUUCAUUGUGGUAUGAGCUUUCUUACAUGGAAGCUAAGGAAAGAGUUAAGAAAGGUGACAGGGUGUGGCAGCUGGGAAUGGGAAGUGGGCCUAAGUGCAACACCCUGGUUUGGGAGUGCAUCAGACCCAUUGUUGGGGAAGCCCAGAAAGGAGUAUGGGCUGAUAGCAUCCACAGCUACCCAGUCUCGACUGUCCAUCAAAAUUCAUUGAAUUUGUGAGAACAUGUGGUUGAUGAAUUCAUACUUCAUUUUUGGCUGUCUUCAACUAAUAUUUUUGCUUUUUGUUUGGAAAUAUGGUUGUAGUAUCUACGUUGUAUAUGUUUUUCUUUCAACUAUGUUCUUCUGUUUUGGUUUCA